GGUUUUUUAUUCGUUAUCUAAUAAAAAAAUGUUUUUUUAUUCCCAUUUUUUAUUCAGUUUUGCCUUCUUAAUCGUUCGGACGUGAAUCGUUACAUACGGAUUGGAUCAGAGAUUCUUAAAUUCCCAAGAGUUUGAUAGUUGCAGAGUGAAAAAUGGGGGACGCAGGCAGCAGUAUUAUGGACGGUCGGUGGUCACUCAAGGGAAUGACUGCUCUUGUCACUGGUGGAACCCGAGGGAUUGGGUAUGCCGUUGUCGAGGAAUUAUCCGGACUAGGGGCGGCCGUGCAUACCUGUUCUCGAAACGAAGCCGAACUCAAUGGGUGCUUGCGUGACUGGGCGGAAAAGGGUUUCCAAGUUACAGGGUCGGUCUGCGAUGCUUCUUCUCGACCUCAACGAGAGAAACUCAUGGAGACUGUGUCCUCUGUUUUCGGUGGCAAGCUCAAUAUCCUUAUAAACAAUGUUGGUACAAAUAUAAGGAAGCCAACCAUCGAAUACACUGCUGAAGAAUAUUCUUUCCUGAUAGCUACCAACCUGGAAUCUGCGUACAAUCUAUGUCAACUUGUACAUCCUCUUUUGAAAUCAUCAGGAAUGGGAAGCAUUGUAUUCAUCUCCUCCGUUGCUGGUGUUGUGGCCGUUAAUACCGGCACUAUUUAUGCAUCAACCAAGGGUAAUACUCCUAAACCUAUGCUACAUAUUAUCAUGAGAAAGUUGACAGUUGGAAAAUUGUAG